UGCACGUGGUUGCACUGGUGUCACUUUACAGACCAGCCGUGGACAGUGGACAGUCUUGCUGAAAAGCAGGACCGGGGCACGUUUGCUUUUUGGAUCUGAUCGCGUUUUGUCUCCAAGCUUGAAGUCCAAGAGGGGAGCUGCCAGGCACGCUCUCUCUCGGGUGGAGCUUGACGGAGCUGCCAAAAGUCAUGCCGGCCGGCUUUCAGCAACUGGGAGGAGAGACGGUGACUGGAACCCUUGCCCUAUCCGUGUUCACUGCUGUACUGGGAUCCCUGGAGUUCGGGUACAACAUCGGUGUCAUCAAUGCACCUCAGAAGAUCAUCGAGGAGAACUACAACGCCACAUGGGUGCACCGCUACGGACAAGCCAUCCCGGCGGGGACCCUCACGUCUCUGUGGUCCCUGUCCGUUGCCAUCUUCUCCAUCGGCGGGAUGUUGUCUUCGUUCUGCGUCGGCUUUGUUUCCGAGUGGCUGGGCAGGAGAAAAGCCAUGCUGAUCAACAACUUGCUAGCCUUCAUGGGUGGGACGCUGAUGGGCCUGUCCAAGGUGUGUCGCUCCUUCGAAAUGUUGAUCCUAGGACGCCUUGUCAUCGGCGCCUACUGCGGGCUGGCAUCCGGCUUGACCCCUAUGUACGUGGGCGAGAUAGCGCCAACCAGUCUGCGCGGGGCGCUGGGCACGCUGCACCAGCUGGCCAUCGUCACAGGGAUUCUCUUGGCGCAGAUCCUGGGGCUGGAGCAGCUGCUGGGAGGUGAGGAGCUGUGGCCCAUCCUGAUGGGGCUGACGGUGUUGCCGACCGUCCUCCAGAUGGCGCUGCUACCGUUCUGCCCCGAGAGCCCCCGCUUUCUCUACAUCGUCCGAUGUCAGGAGCACCACGCCAAGAGAGGCCUGAGGAGGUUGACGGGGCGCCAGGAAGUGGGCGACCUGCUGGCGGAGAUGAAGGAGGAGAAGAGGAGGAUGGACAUGGAAAGGAAGGUGUCCAUCGCGGAGCUCUUCAGGUCGCCGCUUCACCGCCAGCCGAUGGUCAUUUCCAUUCUGCUGCAGCUCUCCCAGCAGCUCUCCGGGAUCAACGCGAUUUUUUACUACUCCACCAGCAUCUUCACCAAGGCCGGAGUCCAAAGUCCAGUUUAUGCCACAAUUGGAGCCGGAGUGGUGAACUGUGCUUUCACCGUGGUCUCGCUCUUCCUAGUUGAGCGGAUGGGCCGGAGGACGCUCCACAUGCUGGGACUGGGCGGCAUGUGUGUCUGCGCUGUGGUCAUGACCAUAGCUCUCAGCUUAUUGGACACCGUCCCCGCAAUGAGCUACGUCAGCAUGUUGUCCAUCUUCGGUUUUGUGGCCUUCUUCGAGGUCGGUCCGGGUCCAAUCCCUUGGUUCAUUGUCGCCGAGCUGUUCUCACAGGGUCCCAGACCAGCUGCUAUGGCCGUGGCAGGUUGCUCAAACUGGACCGCUAACUUCAUCAUUGGCAUGGGCUUCCAGUACGUUGCUGAGCUGUGCGGACCGUACGUGUUCCUGAUCUUCGCCGCGCUGCUGCUCUUCUUCCUCGUCUUCACCUUCUUCCGCGUGCCCGAGACACGGGGCAAGACCUUCGACCAGAUUUCCGCCAACUUCCACCACGCCUCAGCCGAUGACGCCAUGAUGGACAUGGAUAUGGAACUCAACAAGACGAGCACGGAACUGGACUACUUUGGGGACGAAAGCAUUAACUGACAAUUUCCAUGACGACACUGGAGGGCUUUUGUUGUAUUUAUAAUCUGAGUGUUGUGUUUAAAAAAA